AUGGCUUUCUGGGGAGUUGAAGUGAAACCAGGAAAGCCUUUCACUCUUAAGGCUACUGCUACCGGAACUAGAAGACUUCACCUUUCCCAGUGUAACGUUGGGAACAAAAGUCCACUCUUCUUAUGUGUCUUGUCUCCUGGAAAAGUUGAUUCUUGCCUACUGAAUCUGGAGUUUGAAGAAGCUGAUGAAGUUAUUUUCUCUGUCAUCGGACCUCGGAGCGUUCACCUCACUGGAUAUUUCGUUGGCAGGACUACCGCUUUUGGGCAGAAUGAUGACGAAUCGGAGUCAUUUGGAGAAGACAUUGUUGACACAGACGUAGAGAAAGGUAGCAGCGAUGAUUAUGACUACAGCGAUAGUUUCAUAAAUGACGACGAUCCAUCUGGCCGUGGUUCUCAAAUUUCUAGUACUGAUGAUGAUGAAACUAAAGCUGAUGACUCUAGCAAUGUGGAUUCCGUAGAAGUACUUAACAAUGAUAAUGAUGACAAGAUACCGUCAAGGGUUACAAGGUCAAAGGCAAGAAGUUCGACUUUGGAUAUUGGUGAGCCUAAUGCCAAGUGUGAGAAGACAUCAGAAACAACAACUAAUACCGUCAAGACUCUGGAUGAAAGGGAGGAUAAACCAUUGGGUGAUGUUGAACUUUCUCCCUCAGAUGAUGGAGAGGGGAAAAAUAUGCCUGAAACUCUUCAGAAUGAGAAGCCAGCUACUGAUAAGGGGAUCAAAUCAUCAAGUGAUGCAUUACCCUCUCAGAAUGGUGAUGCAACUCUAUCAAAGAAAAAAAGGAAAAGGGAUAGGAGAGAGGAAACUACAGAUGUCCAGAAAAAUCUAUCUGAAUGUCCCGAAAGGAAGAAACAAGCUAUCGACAAGAACAUUGAGAGAGAAACUGGUACUAAGAAACCACUAGAGUCGGAGAUUUCAUCAAAUGGAGUGAUAAUUGAAGAGGUUGAAAAAGGAAAGUUAGAUGGAAAAGCAGCUGUUAAAGGGAAAAAGGUCAGUAUACGCUAUACUGGGAAGUUGAAAGACACCGGCAAAGUGUUUGAUUCAAACUUGGAAGAAGCUCCAUUAAAAUUCCGCUUGGGUGGAGGAAAGGUCAUAGAAGGUCUCAGCAUUGGUGUUGAAGGGAUGCGAGCUGGAGAUAAGAGAAGACUCACAAUUCCGCCAUCCCUCGGAUUCUCAGAAGAGGGAUUGAAAGAAGGUAUGCCUAAGAAUGCGUGGCUAGUCUAUGAAGUGGAAGCUGUAAAAAUCAAGUGA